AUGGAAUCCCCCGACGCCAAUCCGGGAGUAGUAGUGGGCGAAGGUACAGCCCUCAUUGAAACUGUCACCUUUUCUGUCGCAGACGUAAGAAACGUCCUCAGUCACAUAAAACCAGACAAGUUUCUAGGACCGAAUACGAUCUCUAGACUGAUACCCAAGGAUCUCUCGACCGAGCUAUCGGACUGGGUGGACAUGGUUAGUGGUGCUCCUCGAGGCUCCGUUUUCGGUCCUUUACUCUUCGUCCUCUAUGUUUACCACGGCAUUCAAGAACUGGACUGUGGUAAAAUCAUGUUUGUCGAUGACUUUAAGCUCUGGCAGGUCAUUAAGCGCCCGAGCGACCGAGAAGCUCUGCAAAAUAAUAUUUGCAAACUGCAGAUGUGGUCCGAGAGAUGA